AUGGUGCGAUGUCGCGGGCUCCCCUCCUUCUCCGCCACCCGCACUAUUUUUUCUAGCCCGCUGAGGAUUUUCAUCAUUGGCUCCGCGGGCGUCGCAAGAAAGCUUUUGGUGAGACACUUUGUUGGGUCACAGGAGGGUGGCGGGAGACUGCUGCCGACGACGGGGUUUGUGCGCUACGAGAAGAUGGUGCGCCUGACGGCAGUGCGACGGGGCACGCCAUGCUCCACAUCUACGGCACACCGGGUGAGCCGUGCUUUGAGGAUAGGCGGCGGUUUAUUUGCCCCAACCGCCACGCGGCCGGUCUCUGAUACGGCACGCGCCACAAAGUUCCGCUUGCGGAGGCGGCGGGUGUGA